AUGUCUGUUGCAGCAUCUCAUCGUGACAACACAAGAAGAUGUGCCAAUUUUACUCCAAACAUCUGGGGCAAUAUGUUUCUUCAAUAUGCUUCAAGAUCUAAGGAAGUUGAUGACAAUGUGGAACAUAAGAUACAGAAAGAGAAGUUAAAGAAGGUUAUAUCUUCCAACGAUCAGAGUCCUUUAGAAAAGCUAGAGUUCAUUGACUGGGUCCAACGUUUGGGAGUUUCCUACCACUUCGAACAUGAAAUUGAAGAAGCAUUGGCAAGGAUUCACAGUAUUUAUACCAGCAACAGCAAUGUUAUUAGGCAGGAUGGCGGUGAUAAUCUUCACUUUGUGGCUUUACUCUUUCGGUUGCUGAGGCAACAUGGAUAUCCCGUUUCAUCUGAUGUGUUUGAGAGAUUCAAGGGCAUCAAGGGAAAGCUUGAUAAUGAAAAUCUUACCGAAGAUGACGUGAAAGGAAUGCUGGCCUUGUAUGAAGCUGCACAAUUUGAGGUUCACGGAGAGAGCAUACUGGAGGAAGCUCUUCAUUUCACUUACACUUACCUGAAAUCUCUCAUAGAUAACAACCAGCUGAGCCCUUGUCUCCAUGCACAUGUCAACCAUCGUUUAAGUCAGCCUCUGCACAAGAGAUUGCGUAGGCUAGAGGCAAAGCAUUACAUGUCUUUCUAUCAGCAACAAGAUACUUCCCAAAAUGACAAAAUUUUGCUCAACUUUGCAAAACUAGAUUUCAAUAUGCUGCAGCAACUGCAUCAAAAAGAAAUUGGCAAUAUCACCGAGUGGUGGGAAGGAUCAGAGUUUGUGAGAAAGGUCCCUUAUGCUAGAGAUAGGUUGGUGGAGGCCUACUUUUGGUCUUUAGCCUUGUCCUAUGAGCCUCAAUUUAGCACAGCAAGGAUGCUAGUUGGCAAAAUGGUUGCCAUUUUCUGUCUUCUUGACGAUACUUAUGAUGCCUAUGGCACACUUGAAGAACUUGAACUCUUCACAGAGGCCUUCCACAGAUGGGAUACAAGUCCAAUUGAAUCUCUUCCAGAGUGCAUGAAAGUGGUGUUUGAAGCAGUUGCGGUACUAUGCAAUGAAAUGGAAAUGGUGACUGCAGAAGAAGGAACGUCAAAUUUUGUGAUCCCACAUGUUAAACAAGCGUUUUAUAACCUGACGAAGGCAUACUUGAUGGAAGCAAAAUGGUGCAAUGAAAACUAUAUUCCAAGUUAUGAGGAGUACAAGGAUAAUGGAGUUGUAUCUGCUACUUUCCCACUUCAGAUAACUACAUUUCUGGGCCUUGGAAAUCUUGCAACUAAAGAGGUGUUUGAUUGGAUUUCCACAAAUCCAAAAAUAGUUAGGGCUGGCUCACUUAUUGCCAGACUCAUGGAUGACAUGGCCUCUCAUAAGUUUGAGCAGGAGAGAGGGCAUGUUGCUUCAGGAGUGGAAUGUUGCAUGAAGCAGUAUGGAAUUUCAGAAGAAGAAGCCUAUAAAAUACUCGAUGAAGACAUCAAAAAUUAUUGGAAGGAUAUUAAUGAGGAGUGCCUGAACAAUCCACAUGGUGUUCCAAAGUCCGUGCUUGGUUUUGUCCUCAAUUUUGCCCAAGGGAUUGAGGUUGUCUAUGAAAAUCAAGAAGACAGAUUUACCAAUGGCAAGUCUCUCAAACAAUAUGUCGUCCAGCUCCUCUUGAACCCCAUACCCAUUGAGCCGUGACGCAGCUUUAUAUAUUUUAUAUUUAGGACUUGUCAUUUCAAUUUGUUGUGUUGCCACGUGUAAUAGUGAUGUGGAUGUAUUUCUAGCUACUUCCUAGGUUAUCCAACUAUGCUGUUAUUGAUUACUG